UGACUUGCUAACAGCGUGUUCUGCAAUGUCGUGUGUUGUACGGUGGCAACCAGCAAAAGACUAUGUGCCUUCCCAAUCUGCUGUGUCUGGAUUAUCUGGAGCAAAAAAACUCUCUUUAUCACUGGGAGAUCUGACAAAGGAUAAAAUGAAGUCUCGAAAAAUAGGUGUUACCCUAGGAACUUAUAUCAUUACUUCCAGUAAGAAAAUAAAAGGCCGUGCUCCUCCUCCACCAAUACACUGUACUUCCAAACCACGGAUGGAACAUAUGUCAUCUUCAGACUCCGAUGGCACUGGAAACCAAAGUACAGAGGAAUCUAAAGAAAAUGUUCUGCAUAGAAAGGUGGAUCUUACAAUAUGUUUUCCAGAUGGCCAGCAAAAAGCAGUCACUGUGGAUGGAAGUAAAGCAGUGAUGGAUUUCUUAGUGGACCUGUGCAGCCAACACCACUUGAAUCCUGCUCAGCAUACUCUAGAGGUGCGCUCUGGUUCAUCACAGCAACCCUUGACUUUAAGGCCAAACACUCUCAUUGGAACUUUGGAUGUACAAACAGUGUUUCUGAAGGAGAAAGUCACAGAAGUUAAAGUCCGAAAACCACCCCCCAAGAUUCCUGAGAAAACUGUGCGACUUGUUGUGAACUUCCUUGGUACCCAGAAAGCAGUUGUAAGAGUGAAUCCUGCAGUGCCUUUGCGGAACAUCCUUCCAGCUGUGUGUGAGAAGUGUGAAUUUAAUCAGGAAAAUGUCACUUUAUUACGAGAUGCAUUCAGCAAAGAAGAGCUUGACAUGUCACAGUCAUUGAAUGACCUGGGUAUUAAAGAGCUUUAUGCCUGGAACAGCAAAAUAGAAAAGAAUCGGAAUCUUUCAUCCGGCAGUGACACAACAGACAAAGAGAAAAAAGGAAUAUUUGGGUUUUUAAGGAGCUUUAAGAAAGGAAACAAGAAUGAGGGAAGCAUAGGAAAUUUGGAUGGCGAUGAUUAUGAGGAGGUUUUCAGAACUGCAUCUACUAGUGGAAACAGGUGUGAGGGCUUUUUAACUGCUCCAAGCUCCCCUACUGUGAAUUCACGUUCUGCCACCCUGGGUGCAUCACUUUCACUUAGCAAUAUUUCUGGCAUUGGUGCUGGAACUGAGAUGAAGAAGCGCAAAGCGCCUCCACCUCCAAAAUCACCUGCCGAGGAGAAUGCUGCUGCGAAAACUCCAGAAGCCCAGACAGCAGAGCCGGUUUACACCACAGUUAAAAAGGAAAAGCAGAAAACAAAAAGAAAGGCCCCACCUCCGCCAACUCUUCAAAUGCCAAAUGAGAAAACUGAAGAUUUGGAGAACAGAAGCUCCACAGCCCAACAUGAAGGCAUAUGCCAUAACUUGUGCUUAGUGUCGGACUGUGGCAUAAAGGGCCCACCGUGGGAAUGCAGUGGUAAUGGACGACAGGUACCACAAAAACCUCCAAGAGGAACCUCCCGAAGUCCACCCCAAUUAAUUAUUCCCCCACCACCUCCCUACCCUCCACCUGAUAAUGAUAUAACGGACCCUCCUGUCUUUGAAAAUGGAGCUACUGUAACAGGACCAACCAGACCUAUACCUGCUAAACGUGGGAAACACUUAAGUCGCUGGAGCAGAGUUUCAUCGGAGGAAGUUUCGACGACUGAUGAUGCUGGAUCUGUAAAUAGCUACACAGAAGAUUCAGGCAUUGUGAGCUCUCCAUCGGACAAUGUCUCUAUAGAUUUGCAAAAUAAUGGCACAAAAAGGAGAGAAAACAACAACAAGGGUACUGAGGCAGAUGAAACUUACACAGUAUAUCUGCAACCUAACAGAGCUGAGUCCUUUACCAGUGAAGACUCAUUGAGCUUACAUACAAGUUCUGUCAUAGCAGACGAUGAAGUGAGCUUAGUCAGAAAUGGAGAAGAAGAUCAUUUUAUUGCAGCACAGUUCCAAGAGACAUUGGCGGAGCUGGAUGAAGAUUCAGAAGAUCUAGAUGAUGGAGACAAUGAUGACAGCAAUCUUAUCAGCUCUCAAUCAAGUACUGUAAGUGAGGAAAGCAAUCCAUAUCAAGACUUCAGAGAACAUGGUGCUUCUGUUCCUGUCACCAUUAUAGAUGAGGUUCCUGAGAUUCCCAACUAUAGUUUAAAAUCACACAUCAUUCCACCUGCAAAAGAAUACAAUGCGAUCCAACAAACUUCUGUUGUGGGUAACACAAAGAAUAAUUAUGUCUCUGAUGGAGAGAGUAUAGCAAGGAAAACAAAUGUAACAGCCAAUAACACUCUCCCACCUGGUUCACACAUAAAGAAAUCCAGCAUGGACAGUUCUAAAUUGUCUGCAGAAAACUUUAGAUCAAGUACAUCUAAACAUGAUUAUAGCACCAAUGCAUCCUACAAGCAAAAUAAUACAAAGGAAAAUUCAUCACUAAAACAGUCCAUGUCAGCUCCCACUAUCAAAGCAUCAAAUCCAGUAAGACCAGUUAAAGACAGAGCUGACGUAAUGCCUGACCAUAAACAGAAAGUGGAAAUCAAAGACAGUCAUGGUGCACAACACAACAUGAUUAAAGUGAUAGAGCCAGCUAAACCAACUCUGUGGCGACAGCAGACAUAUGAACCAAAAGUGGGUAUGACUACGUUUACAGUUGUUCCACCAAAACCGGAUGUUAAAAAAUACGACAGGAAUGUUUCCCUUACAGCUAGUGCCAUCAAGAUAGAUGAUCUUGGAAAUCUAAUAAGUCCUCAGUCUUCUUUUGAGAAAGAUGAAAGUGUGAAUGUAAAGAAUGAAACAGAGGGGCCACUCGUUGAGAGAGCUAAAGAGUUCUGGAGAUCAAAUUCUGUGGAUUCACAAGCUGCAGACUCAAAAGAGUUAUCUGUUAGAAGGUUCAUAUCUGUUAAGAAUCAGAAACCAAACCAAGCACCAGAGAACAAACCAAAUUCUUCUUCAUCAAUAAGUUCAACACCACCGUUACCUAUUAAUAAAUUAAAUGACAGGAACAAUGGAUCACAGCAGACCAAGCCAGUACCAGCAGCAGUUCCUCACAUGAUUAUUAUGGAGAACACAAGCAAAACGAAAAUAGACAUGCCAUUUUUGAAACCUAUCUUAAAUGAAAGGGUUACUGGACUACAACAUAACAAAGCAGUGACAGCUCAGCAUGAAAAUAUGAUUAUUAUAGAAAACACAAUUAAGGGGAAACCUGUCCUGCAACCUACUCAUAAUGACAAGGUUAAAGAAUCACAACAGACUAAACCAGCCCAGCUUUCAACAGUUUCACAAGAAAGGAUGAUCAUCACAGAACAAACUAACAAGGAGAGAAAAGAUCUGCCAUUUUUGAAACCAUCCAAUAGGACAUCUAGCCAAUAUGUUGCAUCUGCUAUAUCAAAGUAUACGGAACCUUUAAAUAGAAAAUCAACAGAAAUUGCAGAGGCCAAACAGGAGACAAAUUAUGUCAACAGGAGUUUUCCUUUGACCUCAGCUUCCAAAACCCCUAGGAAUUUUACAGUAGAGGCGCCAAAAGCAGAAAGUAAGCCUAUUAUUAAGCAAGAAACCAGCACACAUUUGAGAACUAAUCUUGGCACUAGUAAUGGCCAAGUGAUUAACAAAAAUCCCCAAAUGGAAUCAAUAUCCAAAAGCAUCAGUGAUCAUGAGCAGCUACAGAUUAACAUUAAAAAAGACUCCCCAGUAGCUGAGAAGCAGACUUUCAAUGGCUCACAAAGUCUAAGGAAAAAUACUGCUGUAACUAUAGUGGAAAAUUCUGAAAAGACUACUGGUAUAGCCCCUACUGCUCCAGUUGAGUCUUCCCAUCCUCCUAAGCCACCAUCUGCUGUCCCAUACAAUGCCUUCUUAAAGGCUGUAAGAGAAAAAUCCCAAAAAAAAGAACAGACCAGCUUAAUUGGACCAGUAAAAGCACCACCAAUACCUGGAAUACUUACACAGAAAGAAACUAAACAUGAUACUGAUUUUAUACCUUCUACAGUAAUAGACGAACUGGACAGUGCUGGCAACAAUAUUCUUUUUGGACCAAAAGCAAAUCUGCGCCCAGUGGUCCAGAAGCCCAUGCAGCAAGACAGCUCACUACACAGUGCUUUAAUGGGAGCUAUACAGUCUGGGGAAGGAAAAGAGAGACUUCGCAAAAUACAGAGCUCACCAACAGAUGGAGGAGACAGGAAGUUUGCUGAGCCAGAGAAUGAAAGAUCUGCAUUACUGUCAGCUAUUCGGGGUCAUAAUGGCAUGUCAAGGCUGAAAAAGAUAUCUUCUGCUGCAGCUGAUGAACUCCAGACCAUAAGAAAUAAAGAAUCAUCAUUUGAAGAUGAUGAUUCUGCAACAUCUAAAACAUUAUCUAUUCCUCCCCCACCACUCAUGCCUCCUCCUCCACCACCUCCUGGGCUAGUUGCCGCACCAAAACUAUCACCAGUCUUUCCAAAUAACUCAAUAGAUAGAAGAGAUGCCUUAAUGGAAGCCAUCCGGUCAGGUGCAGGUGCUUCAGGAUUGAAAAAGGUCCCUGCUUCAGUGCAGCGUAAGAGAAAGUACUAAGGAAAGCAGCUCUACCUACAUGUGAUGCCCAGACAAUGACACACUUGAGAAGUCCAGAACAGCCAGUCUGUCUUGAUUGUUUUGUCAAGUGGCCAAAUAUUUUUCACCUAAUUUUCUGUUUCAAAAUAAUGGCUCAAAAGGGAAAAUAAUGUAUUGCUAUGCUGUACUAUGUAUGUGCCAAGAAAAAUGUGUUUUGCCUUGAAAUGCAUUCAGAGAUUGCCAAUAAAAGAUUCCUUUUGGCAGGUGAAAUAGGCAGAAAAUCCCAGAAUUGAAACAAUGCAACCUUUGCCGAGAACAGCGCUGUUCAUAAGAUGUUUUUUUCUCUUUAACAAGACCUGUGACUGUCGCCAUGCAUGCCAGCAAACAAUUGAACUACAUGGGAAAACGUAAUCACACCUAAUCCAUAAAGCAGUACACUUCAUCUUCACAUUUAUUUCUUAACUAAAUUAUAUCCAUAAAAAUUAGAAGUUGAUCAACUGCCAAAUUUGGAGCAUGGGGAACAUUAUUUAAAGGAGCACUAUACCUGAAAUUAGCUUUAUAUGAAAAACUAUCUACAGUGCUAGAAGCCGAACAAAACUAUAGAUACUGGAUAAGGAGUUUUUCAUUAGGCAUGUUUUUUACACAUCAGAUUUUUUGCCUGAUGGACACUACUGUGAGCUUGUAUAGGGCAAAAAGCUCAAAUGACAAUGCAAAGCCUGUCAUUUAUGAUUAUUGUGACUUUAUUGUUCAUGACCAUGUCUAUAAUUCUUCCCAUCUGCAGUCUGUACAGAGCAUCUGUGUUAACUAGAAAACUACAAUCCAAUCUCUAUCUUUUGUAGUGUACAUAGUAUAUCAAGUAUUUUGCCAGAGAUGUUAUACUUAGAAAACCGGUAUAGCAAGCCUAUUUAAUAAUUAAUUACCUAUUUUAUGGUCAAUAUUUACAAAUAAUUUACAUUCAUUUUUACACAUUAUAUUUUGACAGUGAAUGGGUUAAUUAACACUUUCUCCCCAAAAUACCAGAAUGAAUGUAAGAAAGAUGGAUGAGGGGGGAAGGGGGACACACGUUUAGGAGACAGAUGGUCACAUCCUCACCUCAGUAAUAUCAGUGGGAAUUUCCCACUGUUAUGUGGGCCACUGUCUGAUCCUGUGGAACACUUCAAGUUCUGUGUGUGGGUUGGCGGGCCGCGGGUGGGAGGACAGGAUGGGCAGGCGUGAGGGAGCGCGGUGUGACAUCAGCAUGUCACACCACGGCCAGGAACACAGCACAGGGUGGCCGGGAGCAUAACGCAGGGCGGGCAGGAGGGAGCGCGGUGUGACGUCAGCACGUCACAUCGCGAGCCGGCCGGUGCUGGACGGGGCUGUGUCUCGGCAGCGCGACCAUCCAUUACCCCCAGGAAUUUCAUUUUUACCCAAUUUUGGGUAAUUUACCCCUGUUCCCUUACCACUGCCUUAGUGAAAUAAAUCUGGGACGUAAUGUCAGGAAUAUUAAUAGUAAUACAAAUGCUUUCAUUUAUAUUAAUAUGCAGUUCUACUUGGAAGCUAAAAAAAUCUCAUUGUACAGUACAUUUAAUGUUUGAUGACACUUAUUAAGUUGGAAUCAAUUAGUGUGUUAGGUUUAGUGGUCAUUUAAGGUUCCCCUGCAGUGUCUUUCAAAAGAGUUACUGAUGGAAAGUCUGAUGUACAUUGUCAUGUAAACAUAGAAAAAAGUCUCACUCUAAUCUGUCACUGCCAUUAGAUGAACCAAGGUGGUGGCCUAUAGAAGUGAUUGCUAGGGGGCACCCAAAACUCUGAAUCAGUGACAUAAUGUCAUUCAGUGUUUCCAAUACCUGUGCAGUACCAACCUAUAGACUGAGGGAAAACAUCUGCCAACUUAUUACCUGCUCCUCCACAAUAUUAUCAAUACAUUGAGCAACACUCAAUGUCUGAAGAGCAGAAGAUGCCGUACCAAGCUCCAGCUUACUAAGGCAUGCUACCACCAAGGUGCACAGCCUAGAGCAUAAAAUGAGCUUCUGCUGCCCAUGGUCUCAGUCCCAUGAUGAAAACUUUGUCUUACAUUUUUAACAUGCUCUUGAAACCAUUAUAUGUUUGUGAUUUUUCCUGAGAUUUGCAUUAAAUCUUGUCAUCUUAGCCCUGACGCUCGAGGUAAAUUACCUGAAUCAGGGAAGCACACAGUCCUCCAGAGGGGCUCCCAAAAUGUUGGCAAGUAUGACCUUAGAUACCCCUCAUAAACACAGCAAAACUGUUAUAUUAAAUAUACAAUCAACGAAGAUGACUUGGGGAGAUACCGUAUACAAAGUCUGUAGAUAGAGGGAAAAAGUGAUUUUUUUUUUAAAUAAUAGAAGAUACACCAUUAACUUUCUUCAUUGCAAAUAGUGCUUUCAAAUUGUGUUGCUAAAAGGGCAUUGUCUGGGUGAGACGUCUCAGUGCCUACAGUAACUUGCAAUCUAAUGUCACAGAAGUAUGACAUUUCUUCUGUUUCUGGUUUUACUAAAUGUCCCCAAAUAAAUAGGUUUUGAAUUUGGUAAAAGAGAAACAAAAAAGCAAUAUUGUAAUACACCAUAGUAUAUCAUAGUAAACGUACCUUAAUUGUAUGUGUCUGGGUGUUAAAGGUGUUGAGGAAGGGUUAAAAAAAAUAAAAUAAAAAAGAGCUAGAGACCCCCAGAUCCAAUAAAAUGUCAUUGCUAAUCAGUAGUGUGAGCCUAGUGUAUGAACUGUACAUAUAGAAUAAGAAUAUAAAUUGGCAGUAUCAGCAUGACAAAUGUCAAAAACCAGUUGUAAGAAUUUCUGACAUACUGUAGGCAACCUGUGACUCUUCCUGUGACUCUUGUGAAACUACAAGAGCCAGCAAAUCAUGGUGAGAUUUCUCCAUCAACUACAGUUAGAGAGUCACAGGUUCAAUAUACAGUAUAUUUAGCUCUGUAUAUAUAGGUGUAUCAUGAUAGUGAGAAGGUGUUUAGUACAGUAGAAAUCAUUUGCAAUAUACUGUACAUACUUCUAGUACCUUAAUCAGAGAAUUAAAUAAUUUUUCUUAUUAUAAAUAAUUAUUUACUGGAAAUUGAUACAUAUUUUUUUUUUAACAAAAUACUGCAUCCUUUGAACUUUUCUGAGUCUUUAGUGUUACAAAGUGUAUUAGCCAAGGUAUUUAGAAGUUCAACGAUGUAAUAAGAAUGAAUGCCCAUUUAAGCACAUCUGUUCAUUCCAUUUAAGCACAGUUUUUUAAAUGUAUCUUUAUAUACUCAGGUGUGAAACAUUGUGUCACUGGAGAAAUUAUAAAACACAUAGCUCACUAAUAUGACUUUUUACUUGAAGGUUAAUUGUAGUCUUUUUUCUUGGGAAUGUACAGAGUGUACUGUUUGAUUAUGCUAGCUUACUUGUAGAAUUACAUUUCAAGAGAUAAAUUUCUAAAUGGUUAUUUCAAGUGGUUUAAAUUAACAAAAAAUCUGAACAUUCCCACAUGUAUUUUGUUAUAUGUAAAACAUUGCAUUCAAACAACAUAAACAAUGUAUUUACACAUGUAUCACUUUGGACUACAGAAAUUCACUUUCAUAACAUAUGUUGUAAAUACUAUUUUGGGACCAAUAAGAUUGUUCUAUGAUAUGUAAAUAAUACAAUUCAUUAUAAUGUGGAUCUAUAUUCAACUUUUCUCAUACACUAUAAGAGGAAAUUUCCAUUGUAUUUUAGUUACAAAAUGAUAUGCUUAAUAUUUUGUAUAGGAAUGGUUUAAAACAUAAUAGUAGCCUGGACAUCUAGGGAGAGAUGUAUAAAGCCUUAGAGUCAUAAAGUGAAGAGAAAUAAAGUACCAACCAAUCAGCUCCUGUCAUUUAUAAAACACAGCCUGUAACAUGGCAGUUAGAAGCUGAUUGGAUAAUACUUUAUCUCUCCCGACUUUUUCUCUCUCAAAGGCUUGAUACAUCUCAACCAAGCUACACUAAAGAGCACUACUACCUGAGUUAUCAGCUGUAGUUAAAUUACAGUUGGGGAACUGUACUGUAAAGGGGGGUACUCACGGAGAGAUCCAUGCUUAAAAUCUAAGCAAUCUGACUAGAUUGCUUAGAUUUUAAGCACAGAUCACUCGUGUGUACCCCCCUCAGCGAUAGCAAUGCGCGGCCACGCACAUCGCUAUCGCCGGUGCUAGAUUGGCAUGCGUGCAGGCCAAUCUAGCACGUCGCUCUUUUCACUCGCUGGGUGAAAUGAGCGGCCCCCCGUCCUCCCCCGCGUUACUCAGCACACAUCGCGCUGUGCUGAGCGGCGGGAGAGAUGUGUGCUGAGCGGGCCUUAAGUUAGGUUCUUCAAUCUAGAAUUAUUAUACUCCUGACCUUAAACAGAUUUGUGUGUUAUCUGCAGACAGCUGAGGAGCAAUUUGGUGGACUUAGAUAAUAUUAAUGUGAAUGCAAACUAUCAUUGUACUAGGAACCAGUGCAAUUUUUAAGCCAUUUUUCCCUCAGUGAUGUUACUGGUUUGUAGUGAAUUAAACAGUUGCAUUUACAAAAUGGUUGCAUCCUGUAGGUUUAGGUUAUUAAAGAAAGGCCUGAAGGCCAACUUAAAAAAUGCAUGUGUACAACAUAAAAACAAGUUUUUAGUUAAUAUCAUAGUAUUUAAGCAGAUACAUAUACACUCUACAUCUGUACACAGUGAUACAUUUUUUAGGAAUAUGAAGUAUCUCAUAUCACAAGACAGGGUCGGACUGGCCCACAGGGGUACCAGUGAAACCACCGGUAGGCCCCACUGCCUGAGGGCCCACUCCUUCCUCUAGGGAUCAGGUUCCAGACUGUGCACUUGUAUUAUACAUGGUAGAUAUGUUGCAUUACACUGCACUAGACUAUUGUGUAUUUCAAGCCUCUGUGGAGGCUGGUCACACCCCUAAGUAUGGGCCCCUAUAACGCCAUCUCCCAGUGGGCCCUUCAUGCCCCAGUCCGACACUGUCACAAGAUGUGACUUGCUGAAUCCUAGCAUGUCCCUUAUUCUGAUGAGCUGCUCAAUGAAUGGUAAGGGAACAGACAACUUUUAUUGUUAGCACUGUGAAUGAUUAUUAGAUAGUGAUAACUGUUGUAGAUGAUGGUUAUUAAUAAUUAAAAAACUCAAAAGUAUUGAUGUCUAUUUUAUGAUUUUAUGUUUCCAGACACCAAGCAUAAUAAAGCAUUAUUUCCAUACUUUUGUCUGUAAAUCACCUUACAACAAAAUCAUAUUUUACAUGUUUACGGCCGAGUUUUCCGAUGUGCCAUUUCCAGAUGGAUGUAAAACCGGCCACAUAAGUAGUUUUACUUUUCAAAAUGUAUCUAAGUAUUCAAAUAGAAUAAUACCGCAAUUAGUCAGUAGUCAGAGCUAUAUACGUAAGAGUCAUCUCAAUGAAGGAGCUUUGGUAUUCUUUCUUUAUAUUAACCCAGUUCACUUAUGGGGUAUGUUGUGUUCUAAUGGGCUUUUUCACAGUCUCUGUUAUAUAUACAGCAUGGCAUAUGUACUGAAUGUAUGUAUGUAUGUAUGCUUGAGUAAUCAUGAAUCUUCAACAAACAAGACUAUUACAGAGAAUAAUGGAUAAUGGCCCCUGCAAUAGCAUGCUCAGGUUCAAUACAUUAGGUACUGUCUUCUAAUUAAGUAUAUUCUGCCCAUUUUUCAUUGGGAUCAGUGAUCCCUAUUGUGAGCCACAACGGCAGUUAUUUAGAAGAGUAAAUGUCCAUGAGAGCAAUAUUUUUACAGUGAAACACGAUGCCACAUAUAGCAUAUUGUAAUGUGUAUGCCACACAAUUUUUUCUUAUUUAUGGAAAAUAUUAGGGGUAAGGACAGGAAGUAGCUUUCUUAGUAACGGAUGACCCUGACACACACUGCAGUUAUAUACAGUAUAUAUAUAUUUAUUGUUUCCUAGUGCAAUUGCAACUGAGCUUUGCUCCUUUUUGGGCUGCUGCAUUAAUGAGUGUGCGGCAUACUCCCAAACGGUAAUUGUAAUAUUUUGUUUAAAUAAAAAAGUUGUGUGCUACAUUAUGUAUAAAAUGUAAAUGUUACAUAUUGUCAAGAACCUCCAUGUACAGCCAUUGGACCUACUGUUCAGAAUGCCUGGGACUUAAAUAUUACCCCUACAGUACAUAGUAACGCACUGCCUGUGACACUGCCUGUGACAUACUGUACCAUUGCUCGUGAUAUUGCAUAACAGAACUGGAACAAUCAUCUACCAAACUUUGCUUUCUCAUUUUUGACCUUAUUACAUAACAGUUUUCUGAAUAAGAUAAUCCCAUACCUGUAUAUUUGGCAGCCAGUGUAUUAAACUGUCUCAUCCUUAAUGUUUGUUCAUUUAUUCCUAACGUAGACUUUAUCUUGUUGUACUAGUCAACAUGUUAACAGUAUUCUUUGCUGUUGUUAAUUUUAUUAAUCAACUCACAGAGAUGUACAUAUUUAAAUGCAUUAAAUUAAAAGUAUAACUUAAGAUUUAAUAAGAGUUAUUUUUGUUAAACUAAAAUAGUAAAAAAUGAGGUCUGGAAAUGUAUCUAUAUAUUAUAUAUAUUUGUCUGCAGUCAUGUCUUACAGAUUAUUUUUAGAUUUAAUAUCCAAACUGAAAGGUAUAAAGUUGUGGAGCAAAGCAAUAUAUUAGCCAAAUAUUGGAAUUGAAUGAAAUAAUUUCUUGUGUAUUGU